AUGUCCCACCACUGCCACGACGAGCACGACCACCAUGGCCAUUCUCACGACCAUGGCGAGCACGACCACUCAGACGACACCACGCCCGCGCUGCAGUCUUCGCUGUACGAGCAAAUCAAUUUCGAUGAAAUCACGACGCUCAACGAGGCGCGCAGGGAUGCCGGCAAGUUGAUUGUCAAGAAGACGUGGGCGGAGAGGUUGAGUGCCGAGCCGGAGCUGGAGAGCGAUGCUGAUGAGCAGCUUCUCAUGACGGUGCCAUUUACAGCCCAAGUCAAGCUACACUCCAUCCUCGUCCGCACAUCACCAUCCCUCUCGGCCCCCAAAACGCUCCAACUCUUCAUCAACCGCGACGACAUCGACUUCGCCGCCGCCGAAGAAGCAUCACCUGUACAGACCCUCGAGCUUUCGCAGACGUCCGACAUCCAAGAGAUCCCCGUCAAGCGCUCGCUGUUUGGCAGCGUGCACCGACUGGUGCUCUUCUUCGUGGACAAUUUUGGUGAGGGCGAUGAGGACGUGUCGCGGAUUAGUUAUUUGGGCUUCAAGGGGGAGUGGACGAGAUUUGGAAAGGCGCCGACGAAUAUUCUCUAUGAGGCGGCUGCGCAGCCGGGGGAUCAUAAGGAAAUCACACACAGAAUCGCCUCAAUGCCUCCCAGGAUACCAAUUCGAGUGGCUCUGCCACGCCUCGCCGCAGUCAACCGGCCGGCGCUCCUCCUCCCGCACAUUCCCCAGCGAGGCAUCAAGUACGGCUGGUCGACCGCACCGCCGCGAUCCAAGCACAAGCGCUUCAACCAGCCGACUUCUGGCCUCCCAGCCCUGACGACCGGCCCCGCGGCCGCGCUCAAGCGUCGCGAGAACACAACCCCCCUGCGGACGGGCGUGCUCGCCGUCAAGAAAGGCAUGACGAGCAUCUUCCAAGGCAAGACUCGGGUGGUGUGCACGGUGCUGCAGAUGGACCAGGUGCAAGUCAUUGCGAACAAGACGCGCGAGAAGCACGGCUACUGGGCGGUGCAGAUUGGACUCGGCGCUAGACAGGGACGCAACGUGACGAGCCCGAUGCUGGGGUACUACGAGGCAAAGGGCAUUGCGCCCAAGGCCGAGCUGGCCGAGUUCAAGGUGCGCAACGAGGAAGGGCUGCUGCCCGUCGGCGCGCAGUUGCUGCCGGACUGGUUCCAGCUGGGCCAGCACGUCGACGUCAAGGCCCGGUCAAGAGGAAUGGGUUUUGCGGGUGGUAUGAAGCGCCACGGGUUUGCCGGUCAGGAAGCCUCGCACGGUAACUCCAAGAACCACCGAACAAUCGGUUCGACGGGUCCCUCGCAGGGCAGCGGAAGUCGUGUGCUUCCCGGAAAGAAGAUGCCCGGCCGCAUGGGCAACGAGUUCGUGACGGUGCAGAACCUCAAGGUGCUCAAGGUGGACAACGAGCUGGGCGUGGUGCUCGUCAGCGGGCCGAUUCCCGGUCCCAAGGGCCGUAUUGUGCGGCUUCAGGAUGCGAAGAAGAGGAAAGCCCCUGCUCUGCCGUACAGAGAGAAGGCGCGCGAGGAGCUGGAUCAGAGACAGCCCGAUUUGGAGACCAAGUUGGAGGAGGCGAGGUUGAGGCACAUGGAGAUGCAGGCCCAGAGGAGGUCACACAUGGCUGAAUUGUAA